AUGUCUCUCUCGCCCUUAUUGCAGAUUCUACCUCGUCAACCCGCACAUAUUAAGAAACUACACACAAGUGUGACAAGAUUUGAUAGCCAAAACUCAGAAAAAACAAUCAACCAAGUCACUUUAUUGGGUAGAGUCGGUGCUGAUCCUCAAAAACGGGGUUCUGUGGAACAUCCAGUGAUAAAUUUCCCAUUAGCUACACAUUUUAGCUACAAAUAUGAAUCAGGAGAUAUUCUACAGAAGACAGACUGGCACAGAGUGAGUGUCUUUCGGCCAGGCCUUCGAGACACAGUAUACAAAUACCUCAAAAAAGGUCAAAGAGUGUAUGUUACUGGCAAAUUGUCCUACGGUGAAGUUAAACUUGAUGAUGGUCAAGUAAGAACAGCUUCUACGGUGAUCGCCGAUGAUAUUAUCUUCUUCCAAAGCCAGCCACAAGAGUCUUAA